UCUCAGUUUCUGAGAAACGGCCAUUAAAUGUGUGGAAACCAGAGGGCAUUUUUACAACUCCACCAUUAAGUGGUGGGAUGCUCCGUCGUGCGUUAGGAAAAACUUUAGGAUUUAUUGGUUACACCAUCCAGUAUGGCUGCAUUGCUCACUGUGCCUUUGAAUAUAUAGGCGAGUUUGUCGCUUGCUCUGGGCCUUCUAUGGAACCGACGAUCAUUAAUAAUGACGUGGUCUUUUCAGAGCGAAUAAGUCGCCAUCUGUGUCGAAUAGAAAAAGGUGAUAUUGUUAUAGCCAAAAGUCCUUUUGAUCCGAAAAUGAAUAUCUGUAAAAGAGUCAUUGGGCUGGAGGGAGACAAAAUCUGCACAAGCCGCCCUUUGGACACCUUCAAAACACACACUUUUGUACCAAGAGGCCAUGUGUGGCUGGAAGGGGAUAACCUUCAGAAUUCCACGGAUUCUCGAAGCUAUGGCCCAAUUCCCUAUGCUCUGAUUCGGGGCCGUGUGUGCUUGAAGCUGUGGCCACCACAUAGCUUCGGUCCUUUAAAUGAAAGCCCAAAUGGUGAACGGAUUACACGAAAUGACUAAGUACAACCUCUGUGGUGUAAAUACAGUAUUUUUUGAAGCAUUUUUAAACA